GUAUUAAUAUGACCAGUAUUGACAAUUAUUUUGGAGAGUUUCUGGACAAUGAAGAUAAUGAACAAGAACAGAAUAGUAAACCUCUACAAGACAUGCGUUCUGGUGUAAUAUUUUUAAUUGAUUGUACGCCGACAAUGCUUGGAUUACAUGGUUCAUUCGAUUUAAAUAGUAGUAAUGCAGUGGAUUCAUCAUCAGUAAAAAGUGGAUUUGAUUUAAGUCUGUUAUGUUGUCAAACAUUUCAACAGAAUAAAGCACUUCAUAGUCCUUUUGAUAUGAUCGGGCUUGUUUUAAUGCGUACAAAUGAGUCAUCUGUUGACAUGAAGAAUAUUAUGGUUUUACAGCCUUUAGGUUUGGCUGAUUCUACACGUAUAUUAGAAAUUGAAAAGUUGAGGCAGUUAAAACCCGAUGAAUUGGAGAAACGAUAUGGUACUAUUGUAAAUCAACCUAAUAUUACUUUUCCUCUACACGAAGCAUUGUGGGUUUGUCAAAAUCAAUUUAUCACCUGUUCAAAAACAUUUGGUGUCAAGCACAUCUUUUUGUUAACUGACGAUCCUGAUCCAGUAAAUAAAAAUGCAAAUUUGAAACGUAGAGCAAUUGCUAAGAUGGCCGAUAUGAAACAAUAUGGAAUUGAACUUGAAGUUAUUCCGAUUAAACAACAAAAUUCAAAAUUUGAUUAUGAAUUAUUUUAUGAUGAGUUACUAAAAGAUGAAUUAAUGUAUCCUGAUCUAGACAAAUCUUCUUAUCAUCCUGAUCCAACUGAACGUCUUGAUGAAUUAUUAAGCCGUAUUAACUCACAUGAAUUACGUCGAUCACGUUUAGCUCGUUUGCCUUUUCAUCUUGGAUCAUCGAAAAAUCUCACUUUAGGUGUUUCAGUAUAUUGUUUAGUUUAUCCAACACGUAUCCCCUCUCCAAUAUGGCUUUCAUCUUCAGAUAAUAAAACUGUACGUGUUCAUAGAGAUUAUUAUAAAAUUAUAGAUCCAUAUGGAUCUUUUGAUCCAGUUAAAGAUUUAUUACCAUCCCAUGAUUUAGUACGUGGCAUAAAACUUGAUGGUCGUUAUAUAUGCUUUGAUAAAGAUGAAUUAACUGAAGCUGUGCGUAAUAUUGCUCCUGUCGGUUUACACCUAUUAGGUUUUAUAUCACAGAAAUUUUUAAAACGAUAUUAUUACAUUCGUCCAGCACAUUUUAUUUAUCCUGAUGAAAAAUUAAUUCAUGGGAGUCGUUUAUGGUUUACCGCUUUAUUAAAUCGAUGUUUACAUCGAAAAUUAUUAGCCAUAGCUAUAUAUGUUCAACGUAAAGGUCAAUUUCCUCGUCUUGUUGCACUACUUCCUCAGGCCGAACAGAUAAAUGAUGAUGAUGAUGACGGUGGCGAUGCUAAUAGAACUCAAACAAUACCACCCGGAUUUCAUAUUAUAUUUUUACCUUACGCUGAUGAUUUUCGUGAUAUUGAAAUUCCAACGAAUGAACUCGCUAACGAAUCUCAAGUGGAUAUUGCUAAGGCGAUGAUACGUAAACUUAUGGUACCAUUUACUCCUGGACAAAUUGAAAAUCCAACAUUACAACGGUUUUAUUCACUUCUUGAAGCAUUAGCUCUUAAUCGUGAGACUCAACCGGAAGUUGUUGAUCAUACUUUACCUAAAUUUGGAGCUAUCAAAAGAAGAGCCAGUGAAGAAAUUACAGCAUUCAAAGAAUGUUUCAAUUUAAAUAACGAGAGUAUAUUCAAAAAACCUCGUCCUACACAAUCCACUUGUAAUCAAGAAACAAAAUGUUGUUUAUCUGAGAUAGAAUGUAAAGAAGCUGUUCAAUCAGAUAGUCUACACAAAUAUACAAUACCUGUAUUACGUGAAACAAUCAAAUCACUUGGUCUCAAAAUUUCAGCCAGUAAAAAAUCAGAUAUUAUUCAAAAAAUCAUGAACCAUUUUUCAGAAAACUAAAAAAAAUUUUUAUAUUGUCAGUUUGACAGCCUUUUUUUGUUGUUGUUGUUUCCCCCAUUUUCCCCCUUCGCUUUCUCUUAAGUGAGCACUGGAAGACACAUGAAGAAUAUCAAUAAUGUAACUGUGUAUAGACAAUAAUAUUUAAGUGUUUCACAGUGAACUAUUUUUUUUUCUUUCGUAUAACCUUAUUACUGUUUAUUUUUAUAACCUUAGUCCAUGACAUUUUUUUUUGUUAUUUUCAUAAUGUCAAAAUAAACAAACAAAUUUCAAUACUGAACAUUCUUUAAAUAAAGAUUGAUCAUUGAAUAUAGUUGGUUAUUUUUAUUGUUUCAUAAUUUGAAGAAAAAAAAACUGACCUAGAACAAUAAUUCAAUUUGAUGGGAUUAAAAGAAAACAAACUUGUCUUAUGAUUUUGUAUGGGAGAUUAGUGUGUUUGUAUUAUUUUUUUCUUUGUUUUACAUCAAGCUAGUCACAUACAAUUCAUGUACUGAACAUUUUGAUUUUUUUUAUGAUAAAUAGAGUUGUGAAAAGAUUUAGUUCCAUUGAA